AUGACGCUGGAGUGGACGAAAUCCGACACGAACGCCGUGUUCGUCCAUGUGUGGCGUUCUCAUCAGGUCCUCGAACACACGCAGCAUCGGUCCUACAAGGGAAGAACGUCGCUGUUCGCCAGCGAGCUGAAGACCGGAAACAUUUCACUGAAACUCUCCGACAUAAAACCUUCUGAUCAGGGAACAUACAAAUGCUUCAUUCCAGUGCUGAAGAAAGCAUCUUUUGUGGAGCUUGUUGUUGGUUCAGUCUCCUCACCUGGGAUCAGUUUAGCAGGACUCGACAGAAGCAGCAGGUCAGUGGUGCUGCAGUGUGAGUCUGCAGGCUGGUAUCCAGAGCCUGAGCUGUUGUGGCUGGACGGUGAGGGAAAGCUCCUCUCUGCUGGACCUCCAGAGACAGUCAGAGGUCCUGAUGACCUCUAUACUGUCAGCAGCAGAGUGACUGUGGAGAAGAGACACAGCAGCAACUUCACCUGCAGAGUCCAGCAGAACAACAUCAACCAGACCAGAGAGACAAGGAUUCAUGUUGCAGAUGAUUUCUUCGUGCCUCCACUCAGUUGUGCUGCUCCCAUCGUUGCCGGUUUGACUGCUUGUUUGGCCACCUCGUGGAGUCCCUACAAGUGGUUCAAGGAUGAACAGCAGAGGAGGCGGGAGGUGGAGAUGAAAGUGGCGGCUUUAACGAAGGAGGUGAAGGACCUUUUAGCGAAUGUGUCUCAGCUCAAAGAGGAGAAGCAGAGAUGUGAGAAGGAUCUGCAGAAGCUGCAAGAGGAGCUGAACAACAUGAAAAAACAGCCAGACGGAGUCGUAGCCGACGUCCAGAAACCUGAAGAGACGAAGAAGCAGAGAGACAACAACCAGCAACCCCCAAAACAAGAGAUGCAAUAA